CGUCAUCAAAACUCGUCCUGCGUCAGGGUCAUGCGACUGUCAGCGCUCACACAUGGCUGCUCGCUUGUGUUUACACUAAACAGGAUUUUUUUAAGCCAUGUUUAAAUGAUCGAUGGAUAUGUUUACGUUCACACUCGUCUAGUCCGGUUUAAUCACAGUCGCAAGUUUCCGGUGCUGUGUGUCGUCUGCUGAUCCCGAAAAACAUCUGUAAACGUCUGGAUGUGUUGGAGCUGCAGAAGAGUUGACUGUGUGCGAUGGCUCUCUUCAUGAUUAACCGAUAUCUAGGAGAGGAGGAGGAAAGUAAAUCGAAUGGCGAGUCAAGGUCCAAAGCUUUGCUGAGCAAACUCCAGGAACGUGCCAAAGCCAGAGAACAGCAGAGUCUUGCAACUAAGAAGGAGUCAGAUGUCCAGGAUGCAAAGACAAGUGAGCCGAGCGGUGUAGGAAAGACUAAAAGAAAACUCGAGCGACAAGAAAAAGAGAAAAAGCAGCCAAAGAAGAAGAGGAAAAAAAGCAUUAAAGAGGAGCAGGACGUCGAUCUCGAUGGUGAUGCCGAUGACGCGAGUGCGGAACAGGCGGAUUUGACUACGAGAAAGAAAAAGAAGAAAAAGGGAAAUGUAACUGAAGAGGACAAGGAACACUCAGAAUCCACCGGAGCAGUAGACGAGCCUGAAAGCCUUAAAACUUCAGAUGCACAGCCAGAGCAGUCAAACACAAGCUCCAGCUUUAAAAUCCUGGGUGGAUUUGAGAAUAAAGCGGUUCAAAAGGUCCAGAGGGUGCUGCCUAAGUGGCUGGCUGAGCCGGAUAUGAUCGAGAAAGACAUUAAGCGCAAUUUGAUCCCUCUUAAUGACGUGCCUGGAAUUUGUCCUUUGCUAAGGAAGAGACUGGAAGCCAACGGGAUCCAUAACUUCUUCCCAGUUCAAGCUGAGGUGAUCCCCGCCGUCUUGGAGAGCGUGAAUUCAGGUCUUCUGAUUGGUCGAGGAGGUUACAGGCCCAGAGACAUCUGUGUGUCUGCGCCUACAGGAAGUGGAAAGACGCUGACGUUUGUUAUACCUGUCGUUCAGGCGCUGAUGACGCGAGUGGUGUGUGAGGUCCGUGCCCUGGCUGUGUUGCCCACUAAAGAGCUUGCGCAGCAGGUGUAUAAAGUUUUCUGCACUUACGCGGAAGGAACUGGGCUAAAGGUUGUAAUGGCUGCUGGGCAAAAACCUUUUGCUGCAGAGCAGGCAACUCUUUUAGAAAACAGAGGGGGCGUCAGUCGCAGUUUGGCGGACAUCGUCGUGGCAACACCGGGUCGUCUAGUGGAUCACAUCAACAAAAACCAUGGCUUCAGUCUUCAGCAUCUUCGUUUUCUGAUCAUAGACGAGGCAGACCGGAUGAUUGACAGCAUGCAGCAGGCUUGGCUCAAUCGGGUCACCAAGGCUGUCUUUAAAAGUGGGCGUGACUCAGGGGUGUCAAUCUUUAAGAGGGUGGAGCCUGGGCCAAUUACAGUGGCAAGUCUGUCUCCGCCGCAGAUGCCGCUGCAGAAGCUGCUCUUCUCGGCAACGCUGACGCAAAACCCAGAGAAACUGCAGCAGCUCGGCCUCCACCAGCCUCGUCUCUUCAGCUCCACACACGGCUCAUCAAGCGGAGAGAAGUUCAACUUCCCUCAGGGCUUGACUGAGUACUAUGUCUGCUGUACGCUGAGCAAGAAGCCGCUUCUUAUUCUGCACUUCCUGUUGCGUCUGAAGUUCAAUCCUGUUCUGUGCUUCACAAACUCAAGAGAAGCAGCACACAGGCUCUUUUUACUGGUGAAGCUUUACGGUGGUGUGGAAGUGGCAGAAUUCUCCUCCAGACUCGGUCCCAGCGAGAGACAGAAGACUCUGAAGAAUUUUGAACAAGGGAAAAUUCAGCUGUUGAUCAGCACUGACGCUGCGGCCAGAGGAAUCGAUAUUAAAGGAGUUAAAUGCGUCAUUAAUUACGAUGCUCCUCAGUACAUCAGGACGUACAUCCACAGGGUGGGAAGAACGGCGAGAGCUGGGAAAGCUGGUGUGGCCUUCACCUUUGUCUUAGGAGUACAGGAGGAGAAGUUUGUGAAGAUGGUCCGGGAAGCCGGCAGUCCGAGUCUACAGAAGCAGACUGUAAAACCCGAAUGUCUCAGUGGCAUGGAGAGCAGCUAUGAAGAUAUUUUAUUCCAGCUGGGCAGAGUUAUAAAGGAGGAAAAUGACCAGAAGCGUUUCUGAGUAGCCAUUUGCAAGAGUAAAUAUUUGUUGUUGUUGUUUUUCCUCACUAUAGCCUUGUUCCUGUUCAAUAAAAAUGGAAAAUUAAGUUUA